AUGAGAGAAAUGGUUGACGAUAUAAUGUUCUUCCAUUUUCAUAACCUUCAAGAUGACUUCAUCAAUUACUACCAAUCCACAAAUGUAAUUUUAUUAAAUUUGAUAGAUAAUAUACAGAAAUUGAGGAUUGACCAAAUUAAGCUUAGCAAAAUGACUAUUUUACACGGAGCAUACACACUUCACCGAAGAAUACAAUCUAUAUUUAACAACCAUGUUUCAAAAGGAAUUGUCUUAUGUGCCCAUCUUAAACAUUCUAAAUUACACGACUUUUUCAUUAUCGCAGCUUGCUUAAUAUAUGGUUAUACACUAUUUCAUUCCAAUUGGCACAAUGAAAGGUAUUUAUGUAAACAAAAUAUUAAUAUUAUUAGAGAAGAUAUAUUGGCGUACAAAUUGGAAGUUACAAAAUGUAGUCUAGUCAUACUUGAUGAUGAACUGGAACCUAAUUUCAAGAUUCCUCACGUCAAAUUCCUAAAAAUAUCAGAUGUUUACACACAAAGCAUAUAUAACAAGAGUAGAACAUUGUCAAAAUACCUAACAUUAGUAGAUUCAAUGGGUAAUGUAAAAUCAAAAAAUAAUAUUGUAGGGAAAGUAAAAUCAGAUGUUAGAAUACAAAAUAUGUUAGCAUCGCAAACAAGCAGUGUGUCGGAAAUAAAAAUGGACGAUGUAGUGAUGAUAUCAUUUACAGAAGGGAACUCAAAAAAUAAACCAAAAGCAAAGAAAAUAACAUUUAGAGAAAUGUAUGAACAAUUCAAACACCUGGAAGCAUUAAAUAUGUGGAAUAAAAACGAUAUACUAGUGAUGUUCUUAACGAAUCCAACAUAUGAUUGGAUUAACUGCAUUGGACUGUAUUACAGUUUUUACAGACCAAAUGUGUAUGUGUACUUUAUGCAAAGAUAUAUGUCGACAUACUGGAAAAUAUUAUGGGAGUCAAAUGAACAUGCUAAAAACGUAUAUCUUCAACUGGGAAAGCCAUAUAAGAUUGUAAAUUUCAUAUAUCCAAGACAAUUAGAGGCUCUGUUCACACUAGAUGAGAUAAUUAAGCAGUUUCCAGUAAAUGAAGAGGAUCCAGAGGAAGAGAAAGAAAACAACAAAUUGGAAUAUGUGACAAAUAAAACAAAUGUUGAAGUUUCAUCAGAUGACAAAGAAGCAUUUGAUUCUGCAGAUACUGGAACAAACGUAAAGUUAGCUAAGUCAGCAAGUAAAAUAUCAAGUUACUUCUUUGGUAAAAAAGGAAUAUUAAAUAACAUAAGAUCAUAUAAAUCUAAAGAUCUUAAUUCAUUAAGGAAACAAACAACAAAAGAUGUCGAUAAACCAACAUUUACUGUUCCAGAAACAAAUAAUACAACAGAUAAUUCCGAUUUGUACAUUCAAAAGUUACACUUGAAAUAUUCUGAACUAUACAAUGUGUUGUCAGAUAACCGAGUCCACUUUGUGCUUUCAGGAUCAAAUACUGAUUAUAAUCUAAGUAAGAUGAUUAUGGUUAAUCAUUUUUUAGCAAAAGCAUUUGCUAUACUGUUCAGAGGAAAAGUCCCAAUAAUUGUAUACGGAUCAUCAGAACUAAGCCCAUUUAUUUCUAUCGCAUCGUGCUUUGAUGACACUGAAUCAUUUCAUAAGUAUUCAAACCUUGGUUGUAAAAACUUCUACAACGAUAUACACACAUACGGAUACUACAUUGGAAACUGUAGAUAUAAACCACUAAAUUUGAGAGUAGUGAGGUCAAUAUCCAAAGAUGAUGAUCAAUUCAUGGUUAAAUGUGAUGAAGGAGAGCCGGGAUUCAUAGUGUGUGAUGUUUUAGAUAAUAAAACAAUGAUUUAUGAUAGAGACUUGAGUGAUUUGUUCCAUAAUCAGACAUAUUUGGGAUUAGACGAUAUUGGCUUUUACUUCAAAUCUCAAGAAGAUGAUGAAGAACAUUUCUAUUGGUCAUACACAGUAAAUAGUACAUUCCAGAAAGAUCAAGUGUAUCCACAUAUGCUACUGAUGGGAACGAGUAAAUUGGUUCAAAACUCAAUAUGCCGAAGAUUCGGCUUAACAACAUCAGUAGUAAAGGUAGAAACCGUCAAGGUUAAUGUAUUGAAAAAAUAUUCAAAAGUGAUUACAGUAGUUGAGCUUCUAACAGCACAAAAAUCUGACAUCGCACAUGAUAUAAGAACAGGAUUUUUGGAAACAUGGAAGACUUUGGGAUUAUUUAAAAACUAUAUUGAGCCUGAUGAAAUCAGAGUUAGCCAGAUUCCAUUUACAUACAAAGGAAGCGUCAAUUAUCCGGCACUAAUUGUAUGA